AAUGGGACUUUAUUCUCAUAUCAAACUACCCUUGUUUGUUCUCCUUUUAGCCACCUUGACAGUACGCUCCACACGAGUCGGGUUCUACAAGACUACAUGCCCACAAGCUGAAGCCAUCGUGCAGUCUGUGGUCCAGUCUGCGAUUCGAUCAAACCAGACAUAUGCACCUGGUAUACUACAAAUGUUCUUUCACGAUUGCUUUGUCAAUGGUUGUGAUGCAUCCGUCUUAAUUGAUGGCUCUUUUUCUGAGAAAACCGCAAGAACAAAUUCUCGCUUGAGAGGCUAUGAAGUCAUAGAUGCUGCAAAGUCCAUGCUAGAAAACGUCUGUCCGGGGGUGGUCUCCUGUGCAGACAUUCUUGCCCUCGCUGCUCGUGAUUCUGUGGUCCAGACUGGGGGAAGUGGUUGGGCAGUGCCAACAGGUCGUCGAGACGGAUUAGUUUCACUGGCAUCUGAUGCCGAAAGCAUGCCUGGUCCUAAAGACUCCAUUGAUGACCAAAUCAAGAAGUUUGCUAACAAAGGUCUUAGCAUUAAAGAUCUGGUUACCCUUGUAGGAGGACAUACGAUUGGGACAGCUGGCUGUGACACAUUCAGUGACAGGCUAUACAACUACAACAAUACUAAUGCACCCGACCCUGCUAUUGACCAAGGAUUCCUUCCCCAUCUUCAAACCCUAUGUCCUCUUAGCGGUGAUCUUACAAGGCGAGUGGCCUUGGAUACAAACAGCGAAAACAAUUUCGACAACUCAUUCUAUGAAAACAUAAGGCGUGGACGAGGAGUACUUGAAUCCGAUUCAAAGCUGUGGAGUGACCCACGAACACAAAAGUUGGCGCAACGGUUUAUUGGAGCUAGCAGAUCGCAUGGAUCAACAUUCAACAAGAUGUUCGCGAGAGCAAUGGUGAAGAUGAGUAAAAUUGAGUUAAAGACAGGUAAUCAAGGAGAAAUUCGUAGGGUUUGUAACAAGAUCAAUUAAUUAACUGAUGAUGAUGGGUGUCCGGUAGGCGGUAGGCUGAUUGAAUAAACGUAUUCCAACAUCAAGAAGGCCUAAGCUAAGCUAGUCUGGCCGUAUAUAUCAUAUCACUAUUACAUUAGUUGGUAAAAUAAUAGUUUAUUCAAUAUCACUGUACAAGAAUGAUGUAUUAGCUACCUAA